GGGAUCCCCAUUUUCCGUACAAACUAAUGUGAGCCCCGGAGGGUCACGCACACACACAGGUGUCCCGGGAAGAAAUGUCAAGACAAUCAGUUGAUUUUGGGGGCAGUUCUAAGUAAAGAAAUGUUAUGUCAACGUGGGUCUGAUUGUAAACGGUUACAAAGAUAAUGCAGGUCUCUGCAUCAUCACCUGUGCGGAUCUUAAAAAGUUGGAGCGUGUUGGGACUUGUUAUGAUUGGGUCAGUGAGUCAGAGUAUGUUCAGUUUGUGUUGUGUAUUCAGUGUGUAAAGAAGUAGGUGCAUCGCAGUAGUAGUGUUAGCGUAAUAUUUCGAACAGUGCCGGCAGUUUUCUCAUAUGAAGAAUACGCAGCCAUGGUUGUUUGUGUACGGAUUUUGCGAUGGAAAUGCAGCAGAAAACAUUCUGAACGAGUAUACUGUUUCAGAUACACGGUUAGUGUCGUAAUCCACUUACAAGGAACAUUAAGUUGGAUGCUGCCUUAGCGUGUUCUUCAUGAUACACUUAAAAAUGUUCUGGUGUGAUCCUUUCUUUCAAUGGCGAUUGCAGAUUUAGCGCUGAAGGACGCAGUGGCCUCCAGUGAAGGUCGUAAAGACGUCGGAACGGAGAACACCCCGCGUCGACGUACGGACGACGGUUUGGGUCCGUCCUGGCACUUCUGGAAGAGAAGACGCCACGUAGUCGCCCUGCUCGCCUUCUUCGGGUUCUUCGGCGUGUACGCACUGCGCGUAAACCUCAGUGUCGCCAUUGUAGCCAUGACGAGUCCCAGGAAAGAGACCUUGAAAAAUGGCACAACCAUUUUUAUUACAGAUUUCGACUGGGACUCCAAGACUCAGGGUCUGGUCUUGAGUUCGUUUUUCUACGGUUACAUCGUGACACAGGUCCUGGGAGGGUGGCUGGCUGGUCGACUUGGAGGAAACACGGUGUAUGGCGUAGGGGUGGCUGCCACAGCGGUAUUCACUCUGCUGACACCUGUCCUCACAAACACCAGCGUCUACUUGCUGGUGGCAGUGAGAGUGAUCGAAGGACUCUUUGAGGGUGUCACGUACCCCUGCAUGCAUGCAGUGUGGUCCCGAUGGGCGCCGCCAUUAGAGCGCAGUCACCUGGCAGGUUUCGCUGGCUCUGGCAGUUACGUGGGCACAGUGAUUGCGCUGCCUCUCUCGGGGCUUCUCGCAAGUAACUUCGGCUGGCCCUCCAUCUUCUAUGUGUUCGGAAUCGUGGUGAUGAUCUGGUUCUUCAUCUGGUGCAAAGUCGUGAAAAGUGGACCAGAAGAAGACCCAAAUAUCUCUCCUGAAGAACUGAAAUAUAUCCAAGAUUCAAUGGGCAACAUACCACAUAAGGACGUGAAGCACCCAUGGGGUAAAUUCCUGACAUCCCCCGCUGUCUGGGCGAUUGUUGUGGCCCACUUCAGCGAGAACUGGGGCUUCUACACGCUACUCACCCAACUGCCAAUCUUCAUGAAAGAUGUGCUACAUUUCAAACUGGAGAAGUCUGGGUUAAUGUCCGCUGUGCCGUACCUGGUGAUGGCCAUUGUACUGCAGUUCUCAGGACGCCUGGCAGAUUGCCUGCUAGUCAGGCGCAUCCUUACCACCACCCAGGUGAGGAAGAUGUUCACGUGUGUCGCGUACCUCAGCCAGACGAUCUUCAUGCUCCUAGCGGCCUUCCUGCUAACUCCUGCUGGCGCGGUAACCUGUAUUUCCAUCGCCGUGGGACUGGGCGGUUUCGCCUUGGCUGGCUUCUUUGUGAACCAUCUGGACAUAGCUCCGCAGCACGCUGGUGUGUUGAUGGGACUCUCAAACACUGUUGCCACUUUGCCUGGCAUCAUCAGUCCACUGGUCACAGGCUUCGUCGUGCAAAAUAAUAGCGCGUCAGAGUGGCAGGUCGUGUUCUACGUAGCAAGUGGCGUCUAUCUAGUGGGGACAGUGGUGUAUGGUCUUUGCGCUUCUGGAGAGGUGCAGAGUUGGGCAGUCGAAGACGAUGAGGCCGAUAACAGAGCAGCGCAAUGUUACGAGAACAGUGGAAUGGAAACUGACUCGUAGAAGCAGCAGGGUCUCGUUAUGACGCUAAAUGGAGAGCUUCUAAUUGGAAAAUUCCAGUUUUGAGGACCAGUGACAGUUCCUUAGCUGUUCUUGGAGCUUUGUUAUGUCAAAGCAAUGAAGCAUGGAACAAAAUUAUUUUAGGGCUUAUUGGUUCUGUCCAAUGUUUGGACAUAUAUUUGAUAUGCAAUUACAAGAUUUUCAGAUUUUGCCUUCAAAAUUCUAAUAAUAUUUAAUAUACUGUAAAAGAAAGCAUUCCGCCGUUAAUUUACAAAUCUAACCUGAGAUUUUGUAUAACAUCGUCGUGACCAAAAGUUUGAACAAAUUUUAAAAAGACCAAAGACUGUCUGCAGUAACGUGAUGUCAUUUGUUUGGUGUCGUUGACACAUUAUCAAAGGCAGCUUAGUAUUAUUUUUACCAGUAUUGUGAGGAAACACAUUCAGAAAAAAAUAACCCAUUAUUUUCGUGACGAAAUAAAGUGGUGAAUCCAUUCCAAAAUAUUUUACGUGUUGAUUUAAGACAGAACUUGAUUACCCAAUGAAGAAAUUAUGGGGGAAAUCUC